AUUAUGGGUAUCAUUUGCAGAAACCAGCUUCUCUGAGUCUAGACUGCAAAAUUAUUCUAGAAAGAAAAAGGCAUGCCUUUCUAGCAGUAAAUCAGUAUAUAUGGAGUAUCAUGAUUUCAAAAAUAAGUUCAUCACCUAGUCUCUUAAAUUUGAUACGAUCAUUCCAUAGUAAUCCCUUAAUUAUGGUCUCAUGUUGGUGAAUGUUCUUGAUUUCACCUGAUAGAUAUAUCACUGUGGGCGACCAACCAAACAAGAGACAUCUCUAUUACUAUUUCGCUACAUCGGAGAGGAAUCCGUCGAAAGAUGCUGUCUUGUUAUGGGUAAAUGGUGGACCUGGCUGUUCUGGGCUUGAUGCAAUCGUGCAUCAGCAUGGGCCUUUUCAAGAUAAUUGAUGACUUUGCUCCAAGAAGACCAGUAAAACUCUUAUCAAAUCCUUUCUCAUGGACCAAGGUGGCAAGCAUUAUCUAUGUGGAUUCUCCAGCAGGUACUGGAUAUUCUUAUGCUGACUCAGUUGAUGAUUAUAUAACAAGUGACACAAAGACAGUUGCAGAUUUGUAUGAAUUUAUUUUGAAGUUUUUCUCUGAGUACCCCGAAUUCCUCCCAAAUCCACUCUAUGUUGGAGCAUGUUCAUACAGUGGAGUUAUGGUUCCUCCGCUGGCACAAGAGAUGGUUAAUGGUAAUGACCAUAAAUCUCAUAUGUGUUGGUGUUACAUUAUGCAUAGAUUUCAUGUAUGGGAGAUCAGCUCUUUUGUUAAAAUAGAAAAGAAAAGAAGAACUUAGUUUAAAAUUUACCUGAAUACUUAUUAUUCAUUUUAUCUUCUCAAAAUGCAGGCAUUGAAGCAGGAAAGAAACCAAACUUAAAUUUUAAGGUUGUGUAAGUUGUCGUUGAUUUGGCUAUUGCACAUUUUU